AUGUCCUCUGAUGAUAAUCCUCGCAAGAAACGAAAGGUCCAUCACAAAGACACACAACAGCAGCCAACGAUUCCAAAAAUGCCGUUCCCGUUGCCCAUAAAUUGGUCACUUUUGAAAGUUGAUAGGAAGAUCGAGCCGUAUUAUUACUCGAUGUCUUAUAGGGAUGAUUUCCUAGGUUACGAGUUCUAUUUGACGGAUUUCGUCAACGUAUGGUGCGAGACCGCCCAUUAUGACGAUGUCAUCAAAAUCGGCGCAGCUAGAGACUUUGUCUUAUCGGGACCACAACACGUCCAAGAGCUUUUGGGAUUGUUGGAUAACUGCUUGUUCCAACAAUACAACACCACCGACGAAAAAAAACAGCUUUAUAAGCUGGAACUCAUUUUGCAAAAAAACAACAAGCAUCAAGACCCAUGCGAUGAUCUUUAUUUGACCCUUGUGGCUAAUGGUGGGGAUUUCAAGUGGGAUUUCAACGUGGAAAGAUUAUCACGGUCUGUCGGGUCCAAUUUGCUUAAGUACUUGAAUUUCAGUUUGUUUAAUAUUUCCCAUCGGCUUGAUCUCCAACUCAAUGAUUUGAAACUGGUUAUUGAUGGGAAGGACCGGGUCAUUGAGAAUUUAAAAGACAUCAUUAGUAAAUUGCACGGCGACGACGAUGUUUUAAAGUACGCCAGAAGGGAGAACGUCGAGCGCUCCAAAGCAUUGACGAAGUUUGAUUAUGGAUCAUGGGCCAAGCAAUGGGAUGUUGCGAAAAACGAGGGGCAAUUGAACAUGUAUCACAACAAUAUCUGGUCGGUGAUCAACACCGUGAGCAUGAACCGGUACCUUUGGCAAUACUCGAACCAUUAUUAUGAUUCGUUGGUCACUGACGGGACUUUACCGUUGGCCGAGGAAAAUGAUGAGAACAAUGGCAUGGUUCAGCAACAAGAACAACCAAAAGAUACCACUAGAGCCGGUAGCGCUCUGGCGGAUUUUGUUGAUUCUACAUCGGAAAAUAACGAUGGGUCAUUCAAAAAAGAGACCGUGACUGGGGAUUACAAAAAACGAAGAAUCACCACGAGCUUAGUGAUGGAAAGUGCCAAUCUCGACGGCAAAGAAAACAUGGAGCAUUUGUCGCAGUCAUUCUCGGAAAAUUUCCACGUGAAAAAUAAUGAUGAUGAUAAAUUCUCAAGGGUGGUGAAGUCCCCUGCAUCUCCAAGACUAAAGCAAAUGAAGCAAAAGAAUAUUGAUAUCCCAGAUAUUAAUGCCUCGAAAGUUCCAAAGUUGAAUCUGGUGGCCACCGAUAUUGAUGAAUCGGACGAUGAGUUAUUGGGUCCAUCGCCAAAGAGGGAAACCACCACUAAUGAACCGCCAUUUGUGUCGCCAUUGAAGGAAGAAAACCUGCCAUCAUCUCAGUCUAAUUAUGGUUCACAAACUGGAAGUCAACCAAUGUCUAAAUCACAAUCGCAAACAUCUCCUUCGAAGAAGCCUGGGAAACACCGGAUGUUGAAUUCCAGGAAAAGAAAUCGUUCUGCUAAAGGCCCGAAAAAUCCCAUCAAGGCACCAAGGCGUUUUUGA